CAGUCGGUGUGUCAAAUCCGAUUCUAUCACGUCGUAUCAUCACGUCACUGAUAUCAGCAACAGGGGUCACCAAAGUGAGCUCGCAAUAAGUCAUUAUGGAUAUCGAGGAGUUCCGUGUCCGCGGAAAGGAAAUGGUAGAUUACAUCUGCGACUUCAUGAGCAAUAUUCAUACCAGGAGAGUCACUCCGGAUGUCGGUCCUGGCUAUCUUAGGCCUCUACUACCUUCGGGGCCGCCGAAUGACCCGGAAUCAUGGGACGAGAUUAUGAAGGAUGUGGAAUCGAAGAUUAUGCCAGGCAUCACGCAUUGGCAGCAUCCAAGGUUCCACGCCUACUUCCCGGCGGGAAAUUCCUUUCCCUCUAUUCUCGGUGAUAUGCUGUCGGAUGCCAUAGGCUGCAUUGGAUUUUCUUGGGCGGCCAGUCCGGCCUGCACGGAACUGGAGACGAUAGUCUGCGAUUGGUUCGGCAAGGCGAUUGGAUUACCAACGGAUUUCCUGUACUUUAGCGAGGGCAGUAAAGGUGGAGGCGUUAUAGAGGGCUCGGCAUCGGAAUGCAUUCUCGUGUGCAUGCUGGCUGCAAGAGCGCAAGCAAUUGCGAGACUCAAGGAAUCUUCAGCGCAUGCACACUUGGACGAGACCGCGCUGCUCGGGAAGCUGAUGGCAUAUUGCAGCCGGGAAAGUCAUAGUUCCGUCGAGAAGGACGCUAUGAUAUGCUUCGUGAAAUUGCGUAUUCUCGAACCGGACGAGAAGAGCGUGCUUCGCGGAGAGACCUUGCGACAAGCGAUCGAAAGUGAUGCAGCCGAAGGCUAUGUUCCCUUUUUCGUCUCAACGACUCUAGGUACAACCGCCUGUUGUUCGUUCGAUAAUCUUAAGGAAAUUGGACCGGUCUGUAAAAAAUAUCCAGGGAUCUGGCUCCACGUGGACGCCGCUUACGCCGGAAAUGCUUUCAUCUGUCCAGAAUUGAAAUAUCUUAUGGCCGGCGUCGAAUACGCCGACUCCUUCAAUACCAAUACCAACAAAUUUCUAUUGACAAAUUUCGAUUGUUCCUGCCUCUGGGUUCGCGAUAGAUUUAAGCUUACCAGCGCACUCGUCGUGGAUCCGCUGUAUCUCCAGCACACACACGCGGAUACAGCUAUAGAUUAUCGACACUGGAGUAUAGCACUGAGUAGACGAUUUCGCUCAUUAAAAUUAUGGUUCGUAUUGAGAACCUACGGGAUAUCCGGUCUACAAGGCUACAUUCGAAAUCACGUCAAACUUGCUAAAAGAUUCGAGAAUCUCGUUAGAAAAGAUUCUAGAUUCGAAGUUUGCAAUGAAGUCGUGCUGGGAUUGGUAUGUUUUCGCGCUAAAGGCAGCGAUAAACUGAAUCAAAAAUUAUUGAGCACGAUUAAUGAUUCGGGAAAAAUGCAUAUGAUCCCGGCUCGAGUAAAUCAACGUUACACGAUACGUUUUGCACUCGCUGCACCUAAUGCAACUGCCAGAGAUGUUGACAUGGCUUGGAACAUUAUAACGGACUAUCUAUCCGAAUUAUUGGAAUUCAACGACGUAAUGGAUGAACUGGCGGAUAUUCGCGAGAAGAAAAGAAAGGCUACUUUGGAACAGAGAAGAUCCUUCUUCGUACGUAUGGUGUCUGAUCCUGCGAUUCAGCCAGGAUUCACAAAAACUCCGAACAGGACAGGAGCUAAGCUCGAUACGCAGGCAACAAUAGGCGGUAUCGGAUCAAAUCCUCAAUAUGGAGCGAAAUCUUGGAUAUCUUGGCCGCUUGCUUAUCUCAUGCAGGCGAAAGAAGCUGCUGAUACCAGCGAAUUAUCACUCAGGUUUCGCCACUUGGACACGAUGGUGCGCCUGAAGACCGGCGGUACCGGAAGUCGUCGCGGCAGCAGUAACGGAUGCAGCCCGGAUCCGUCCCCGUCUGCUUCGCCCUCGCGCGGCAGGUCACCGAAUGGCAGGGCGUAAUUUGCGUAACAUCGAUUUUGUUUUUCCUCGUGAGGAGUUCUCCUUUGAAACGUAUGCCGAUCGCGAUGGACAACUCCUCGUGAUCCGAAACCCUGUUUCGCGUUCCAAGAAGACGGGGAAGAAAUCUGCUAGCUAACAAUUUACAUCGGGAAUUGAGAUACUGCCGACAAUCUCAAUAUCUUAAAGCCCACCUUAGAUAACUUACAGAUUAUUUGGGACGGAAAUAAUUCUUUCUAUAAUUUUAUGUAUAGAAUUGUAAAUAUAUAAUUAUAAGAAACAAGUCUCACGUUAAAACUAAUCUCAGAUUUUAAUUAUACAUGAACGUCUGAUUACAACUUUUAAAUUAUAUAGAAAUUAUUUCAUUCUUUGUUAUCUGUCUUUUCGGGACGUUGCUAACUAAUUAUAAUUAUAUAUAAUUAAAAUUAUAUAUACUUAAUCGUGAAUUACGAUUAUUAAAUCUGUUGAUUGUAUAACUUCUUAAAGCAUUUUGUUGAUAAAAAAAAUUGUACUUU